GCAGAGUUGCCUGGGCUUCUCCAUUUUAUCAAAUUUUCUGGGUUUUUUUCUUCUUCCACUCAAAGGUUUUACCUUUUGGUGGAAAGAAGUUUUUUUGUGCAAAAAAGGGGGAAAAAAAGAGUUUUUAUUUUUAUUUUUAAAUAUUUAUUUGAUAAAUGUGGGGAGCUCCAGCAGAACCUGCAGAUUCUUAUUAUGAGGUCCGACCUGAGUGUACUGAUGUCCCCAACACCAAAUUUAAGAUCAGGCCUGGAAAAACUCUAAGCGUGAGGAGAUGGAAAGCUGCAUUUUCUCCAGAUGGCCGUUUGGAUAUUGCCAAAACUCUAGACCGUAUACAUCGUGGGGGGAUCCAUCCGACAAUUAGAGGAGAAGUAUGGGAGUUUCUACUUGGUUGCUUUGAUGCCGAUAGCACAUACGAGGAAAGGGAUCAGAUACGUCAGCAACGAAGGGAGCAAUAUGCAAAAAUGAAGAGUGAUUGUCGUGAAAUAUUUCCCGUCGUUGGAAGUGGCAAGUACAUAACAGCGCCUGUAAUAACCGAAGACGGUCAGCCAAUUAGUGACCCUUUAGUACUUGCGGAGACAAGUCAAGAUGAUAAUACUAUAGAAAUUGUGAAGGAACUAACGAGUCGUGGUCCUUUGGACAAUAAAGUAAUCCAAUGGCUGCUUACAUUGCAUCAAAUAGGCCUGGAUGUGAGACGGACCGACCGGACUUUAGUAUUCUACGAGAAGGAAGAGAAUUUAGCGAAACUAUGGGAUAUUCUCUCUGUUUAUGCUUGGAUAGAUAUUGAUGUUGGCUACUGUCAAGGAAUGAGUGACCUAUGUUCCCCGAUGAUUAUGCUUCUUGAAGAUGAAGCUGAUGCAUUUUGGUGCUUCGAGCGUUUAAUGCGUAGAUUGAGAGGAAAUUUCCGGUGCACCGAUAGUUCAGUCGGGGUUGAAACACAGCUUUGUAGUUUGGCGACGGUAACUCAAGUUAUCGACCCGAAACUUCAUCAGCACUUAGAGACGCUAGGUGGAGGUGAUUAUCUCUUUGCUUUCCGAAUGCUAAUGGUGUUAUUUCGUCGAGAGUUCUCAUUUUGCGAUUCCUUGUACUUAUGGGAGAUGAUGUGGGCUCUGGAAUAUGAUCCGGACAUGUUCUACCAGUACGAAGAUUCGGGUUCGGAUAUGGAGAAAACCGAAGGUGCUAAACUAAGACAGAAAUCGACACGAAGGUGCGGGAAAUACGAGAGGGAAAAUAUGAAGGUGAAAAACCCUGAAGCUCAUCUCCCCAUUUCCGUUUUCCUCGUCGCCAGUGUCUUGAAAGAUAAAAGCUCAACGCUACUGCAGGAAGCUCGCGGUCUGGACGAUGUAGUUCAGAUUCUGAAUGACAUAACUGGAAACUUAGAUGCCAAGAAAGCAUGCAUAGGGGCAAUGAAACUUCAUAAGAAAUACUUAAAAAAGGCGCAGGCAACUCCUUCAACUCAGAGGCUCUUUCCAUUCACCUUGUGAUCACAGGCACAGGCAAGUCCUUCAACUCAAAAACUCUUUCCAUUCAUCUUGUGAUCACAGGCCAAGAUAACACGGCAUAAGGGAGAUGGAGGCGCAUUUUCAGCCCCAGUUGUUUUUUUCUCUCGUGGAUUGAACAACUUGGUUUCGGAGAAGAGAAUGAUACAUUUUGUGGAUUAGGGAUUACAGAAGCAUUGUUUACUCUAUACCAAUCCAUUGUUGUAUGAGCAUUUCUGAGUUUCAUUUUCUUUCAAGAAAUACAAACAACCACCUAGGUGAUUUUGCCA